AUGAGUACAGACUUCCACAAACUCCUUUUUGACAUUUCUGAGGCUUUGAUCCCAGAUGAACUAUCAGCUCUGAAGUUUCUCAGCGUGGACUACAUCCCCAUGAGGAAGCUGGAAGCCAUCCAGGAGCCCAAGGCCUUCUUUGAAAUGCUGCAGGAAAAAGACAUGAUUGAGGCAGGGAACCUGGCCUUCCUGCGGGAGCUGCUCUACCAGAUCAAUCGGAUGGACCUCCUGGUUGCCCACCUGGGCUCCAGUCGAGAGGAGAUGGAGAGAGAUCUUCAGAUCCCAGGCAGAGCAAAGGUGUCAGCCUACAGGCAACUGCUAUAUGUAAUUGCAGAGGACUUAACUGCAGAUGAUGUCAAAAGCGUGAAAUUCCUACUCCAAAAAAAGAUACCAAAGAACAAGCUCCAGGAUAAUGCUUCGAUGCUGAAGGUGUUGCUAGAAAUGGAAAGAAAAGGGUUAAUUAAAGAAGAUGACCUGGCAAUGCUGAAAGAUAUAUUAAAGGGAAUUAGAGCUGACUUAAAGAGAAAGAUUGAUACCUAUGAAGAAAAAAAAAAAGAAAAUUAUUCUAAGGAAAAACCCCACUAUCCAGUGUCUGUGCCUCCAGGAGUACAAGAAGCAGAGGAGGAGACACCACACCUGCUUAUGGAAUCAUAUAAGAUGAAAAAUAACCCCCAUGGUUACUGUGUGAUUCUUAACAACUACAUUUUUAAAAAUCCAUGUGAAACCAGAGAAGGAACAUUGAAAGAUGGAGAGGCCGUCAAGAGGGUCUUUGAAUGGCUUCAGUUUGAGACAGUUGAGCACAUGGAUCUAGAAGCAAAGCAGAUGUAUGCAAAAGUUAAAGAAUACAGCAAAAAAGAUCACAGUAGCAUGGACUGUUUUGUUUGCUUCAUUUUUUCUCAUGGCGAAAAAGACAAAAUAAAAGGCGUUGAUAGUGAAUUUGUAAAUAUUAAAGACUUAGUUUCCUGCUUCAGUGGAUCUAAUUGUCCUUCUCUUGCUGGCAAACCCAAGCUGUUUUUCAUCCAGGCUUGCCAAGGCUCUGAAGGUCAUCCAGCUGUCACAGUAGAAGAUGAAUUUUCUGGCCAUCUUGAGACAGAUGCUAUCCCUCUGAUUUCCAUUCCUGAUCAGGCUGAUAUUCUGGUUGGCAUGGCUACAGUGGAAGACUAUGAGUGCUACCGCUGUAGAAAGACUGGCAGUAUUUACGUUCAGUGCCUCUGUGACAAGAUGGAGUUGCUUUGCCCACUCCACAAGGAUCUCUUAACCAUCCUGACAGAAGUGAACAAGGAAGUGGGAGGAAGAGUAUUAGAUGGACGGAAACAGAUGCCAAAGAUAACAUCAACCCUACGGAAGCAAUUGAUCUUCCAAAUUCCGCAAUGUCAGUCAACUGAAAAGUAG